AUGACGACUGAGAAAGAUACACCCAAACAGGUGCGGGAGCAAUUGGCCCUGGAACCCGGCGCUCUUCCUGUCAGCGAGCCAGAACAGCAGCAGCCGCCUCAGGAUGAGAGCGAAAACACCCUUCACGCCUGGCUUACCGUCACUGGCGCCGUUCUCGUCUACUUUGUAUGCUUUGGUUUCAUGACGAGUUUUGGCUUUUUUCAGGACUACUACAGCAAGAAUCGUCUGACCGGCUCCUCACCCUCCCUCGUCGCCCUCAUCGGAUCCCUCCAGCUCGGUCUGAUGUACCUCGUCGGACCCAUCUCUGGUGCCCUGCUCGAUGCAUGGGGACCCAAGCUUCUCUACAUUGCCGGCGCCACAGGUGCCAUCAUCUCCUGCGUCGGCCUGUCCUUCGCUCAACCCGACCAGAUCUGGCAGUACUUUCUCAGCCAGGGCGUCCUCUUCGGCCUGACUGUCGCCUUUGGCGUCCAGGUCGCUCUGUCCGUCACAGGCCAGCACUUCAAGAAGAACCGUGCACUUGCCAUGGGCAUCGUCGCUGGCGGUAGCAGUGCUGGUGGUGUCUGCUUCCCCAUCAUGUUCUCGAGGCUCGUUCCCAAAAUCGGUUUCCCCUGGACCAUCCGCGUCGCCGCCUUGCUGUUCCUCGUCUGCUACGUCAUCGCCAUCCUCAUCUCCAAGCCAAAGUCGCCGGCGCGGUCGAUCGAUUCAAUCAGGGACAUUGUUGACUUCAACGGCUUCAAGGACGUGCGGUAUGUCACUCUGGCUCUGGCCACGGUCGUCGGUAACCUGGGCUUGUACGUUCCGUACAACUUUCUCGAGGCCUUCCUGAAGCUUCAUCAUCCUGAAGCCAGCAUCGGCAGCUAUCUGCUGCCGCUGAUCAACGGAUCCAGCUUCUUCGGACGCGUCAGCGGAGGCUUCAUCGCCGACAAGAUCGGCGGUCUCAACCUCCUCUACCCAAUGACGAUCCUCUCUGGCGUGCUCUGCCUCACAAUGUGGCUCCUCGCCAAGAGCGUCGGCCUCAUCGUCGCCUUUGCCUGUCUCUACGGCUUCUGUUCGGGCACCUACAUCAGCGUCAUGCCCUCCAUCGUCGCCCGCAUCUCGCCCGAGAAGCACAUUGGUGCGCGGCUCGGCGCCUUCUUCAGCCUCGGCGCCAUCGGCGUCUUCACGGGUACGCCCAUCGGCGGCGCCUUCAUCCGCGAGGGCACCGAGAAAGAGUUCCAGGGACUCGUGCUGUUUGGGGGCUGCUGCAUGACGGCCGCGGGCCUGUUGCUGCUCACGGCGAGGUGGCUCUGCGACCGGAACUUCAAAACAAAGUGGUAG